UAACGAGUGGUGGUGCUGCUCUUCACCUUGAAGUUUUUCAUCUACACCUUCAAAAUAUAAAUUAAACAAAAAUCUGUCGAUAAAUCAUCUAUAGAGUAGAGCUGCACGAAAACAGAUCAAUAUAAAAAUUUGUAAACCAUUUCUGCCAUGAGAGCUCUUCAUGUUUCCACCUCUUACAGCCUCGCCUUCGGCAUUUCAUAUGGCGCUCGGCCGCCGUCGCCUUGGCGCCGCCGCCACCUCAUUUCGGCUAAAGGUGAACCUACUGAGAAAUCGGUGGAGAUAAUGAGAAAAUUCUCGGAGCAGUACGCACGCAAGUCCGACACGUAUUUCUGUGUCGAUAAAAGUGUCACCUCUGUUGUCAUCAAGGGAUUAGCAGAACACAAGGAUUCAUUAGGUGCACCCCUCUGCCCUUGUAGGCACUAUGAUGAUAAAGCUGCUGAGGCACAACAGGGAUUUUGGAACUGUCCCUGUGUUCCUAUGAGAGAAAGAAAGGAGUGUCACUGCAUGCUUUUCCUUACUCCUGAGAAUGAUUUCGCUGGCCAGGAUCAGACCAUUUCGUUGGAAGAGAUAAGAGAAACAACAGCAAACAUGUGAUACUUUUAGUCUCAGUAUGCACUAGUUUGAUAAAACUCUAUGUAAAUGUGUAUCAUGACCAAGGAAAUAUAAUGUUAUAUGUCCAGUAGUUCAACUUCAAGUGACACUAUUUCAUUCAUUCUCUCAACUGGUACCAUAGAUUGCGUUCCUGUUAAGAUUAUGUUUUAUUCAUAUAAUCCCUCAGAUAAUUAUUAUCUUAAAAUCAAAUUUAACCUAAGUUGCUGGAUAAUCAUGCAUUAUCGAUCUCCAUCGUUUAAUUAGAGUUUAAGACCAUUUCCAAUUCUUAUCUCUACUUUAGUGUAGA